AUGCAUAAAUGCAUUUAUAAUAUUAGUAAAGCUAAAGAUAAGCAUAGCGAUGAUAUUAGUGAUAAGGCGUGCGUCAAAUUGCCACCUGUUGAACGACGCUGCCCUUGUGUGUUAACCUCAACAGGGCCGCGUCGAUCGAUAUCAAUGACGUGUGGCCUCAUUCAUAAAUGGGGAGGCAGCUCGUCCCCCCGCGCUCGCCCUCCAGUACCUCAUCCCCUUGCUGAGUUUCCGUCGAUGAGUGGGAAAUUCAUGAAUGGCGCGGCGCUCACACUACCAAGUGCUGUGUACCUAUUAUUCCCAAGAGAGCAAGCACUAGAGUUCAAAUAUGAGUGCAAUAGAAUCAUAGCCGUUCUACGUCCGUCCGUGGCAGUGGCAUUGGAGGCAGCAUUGAUCAGUGUGUGGCCGUGGCAGAGAGCAGCACGCCACCGGCGAUCGAUGCCGUGUCCU